AUGCACUGCGCUCCGCCGAACCACUUGCGCCCCCAGUACCUAGCCAUGGGCGUUAUUGUCAAUGUCCGCAAAGUAGACACGCCGACGACGACAAGAGUUGGACUACGCACCCUCCCCCUCUUCUACCUCAGAGACUACAGCACCAUCGACGGCACCACAUUUGAGGUUGGCAGGCAUCUCACCGCAUUCUACGAGACAAUCGACCCCUACGCAAGCAACAGGAGGAUUGCACGCCCCCUCUUCAGUGGCUAUGCCACCACCGUGGUGAACGCAGACCAAUACUGGUCAUACUUUCUGGUGGAACGGGCAGAGACCUUUGCCCCUAACCCCAUCCCAUUCCUCGCGGAGCCGGUUACCCCCGGCCCGGUGGUCCUUGCGGUCAAAAACUUCUUUUAUACGCCGACGACCUCGGACAUCAAAUGGACACGCGCACUACGCUUCUCCCUCCUUGUCAGCAAGAUCGUAUGGCCCAACAUCGACUAUAGUCAGGAAGUCGACUACGGAUCGCCGACCUUUCUCUGGGAAGGGUCUAUCCAUGGAACACCCACAGCGCUGUCCGCCUGA